GUGUGUUCUCGAUUGGGGUGUUUGCAGAAGUCGGGGUUACUCGGGUGGGCAGCGGCGACUGUUUCUCUACUAGGUAGUUUUAUGCCGAAGUCAUGGUAUGGUAUAUGGUGAAUGUUCGUUGCUAUUGUCGAUGUUUACCUCUCCCUCACGUGUCGCACGUUGAAUGACCCUAGUAGCAUCCAAGUCCGGAUAACCGAUUGUUUUGUUUUGCUACCUGGCAUAGUACCUCGCUCUCUUGCGACUGCAAUGAUGUUAGUUUUUGGAUACAGCGUAUUCACUUUGGCCUACUUCCUCAGGACACCAACAACCGAUUCUAUCUGCUUCGGACUAUAGCU